UCGUUGUUGAAUAAGCCUGUUCUGGUCCUUUCUUUGCAGCGCGUUUUCGUAAGCAUGAAUCCGGAGAGGGUCGCAUUGCUUAAGCAGUUUGUUGAGUUACUAAAGGAGAAACCGGAAAUUCUCGACACCCCUGAACUGUCGUUCUUCAAAGACUGGCUUAAAAGUCUUGGGGCUAACGUUCCUGUUUCACAACCUAACCGACCCACUGAAAAUUCAUUUUCAGACGACUCUGGUGCAGAUGAGACUUCAGAAUCUGAAAUAGAGUUUGAUGAUGAAGUGCUGCCAAAGGAACCUGUCCCAGACCUAGAUAUGGGUGACGAUUCGAUAGAAGUAACUGAUGAAUUGAGAGAAAAAGCUGAAGAAAAGAAAUGUGAAGCGAUGGCUAAAAUGUCUGAUGGAGACUUUACUGGGGCUGUUGAUUUGUUCACAGAAGCAAUUAAACUAAACCCCCAGUCCUCACUAUUUCAUGCCCGACGUGCAAGUUGCUUUGUACGAAUGAAAAAGCCAUCCCAUGCUAUUGCAGAUUGUGACAAAGCUAUUUCGUUAAACCCUGAUUCUGCACAACCUUACAAAUGGAGAGGAUUUGCUAAUAAAAUGAUUGGUAAUUGGGAAGCUGCCUAUCGGGAUCUUCAGACAUCUUUGAGGUUAGACUAUUCAGAUGAUGCCAAUGAAGCGAUAAAGGAAAUCGAACCAAAGCACAAACGAAUCUUCGAACAUAACAUGAAGUAUGAGCGUAAACGACAAGAAAAGCUAGAACAAGAAAAACGCGAACGAAUUCGAAAAGCACGAGAAGAGCGUGAACGUGCCCAGAGAGAUACAGAAAAACCCGAUUUUGACAUUCCAGGAAGCGGUAACAUUCCAGGCAUGGACAAUAUGUUUUCACAACUGUUCAAUGAUCCAGAAUUGAUGUCUGCUAUCCAGGACCCUGAAGUGAUGAAGGCAUUCAGCGAAGUAUGCUCAAACCCAGCUGCCAUGGAUAAGUACAAAAACAACCCUAAGGUAAUGAAGGUCAUUGAGAAAAUGAAGAAUAGAUUUGGUGGUGGUGGUGGUGCUAUGCCUGGUGAGUCAACCAUACUGACAGAUUGGGUUUUGAAUAACGUUUACAAACUUAUAUACACCUUAAGGUGCACUUUCUUUUAGAUGUAUCAGUUAACGGAUUUGUAAUUAGUGUAGGUAAUCAGAUUUUUGAACAGCGUAUAUCACUAAAGCCACUAAACAGCCAUGAAAUGCAAGCUUGAUUUAUUCAGAUUAAGUAAAAAUCUGUUCAUCAGAAAAACUACAUCAAGCAUAACAAAAAUGACUCGUUCAGUUUAAACUUGUGAACAAUCACUUGCUGACAUACGCAGCUGGGGUGUUUCUUAUCGUCAAGGUAAACAGUAAGCAAACAUAAACGAAAUGUUGUGAAAAAGAAUUAACGUAACAGCAUCAGUUGCACUACAAUCGUAGUUUAGAAGGUCGAAUGGGCUGAGGGUAAAGAGAGAUACAAUAUGAAGACUUUGACAUAAGUAAUGAUCUUAUGAAGUUUUAUUUAAUGUCUUCAGUCGUAAGACACUAUUAUCUCCCUUAUCAUAAACAAGAAAUAUGCACACUAGCAGCUUGGUCCGAUUUUUACUAAAUCGAUGUAUGCGUAACGUUUCGAAAGUUCAGUGGACCAAAAAAUACUAUACUUACCCUAUCCUGUAAAACUACGGUACAUAGGUUUAAAUUUUGGUAGUUUAUAAGAUCGUCACUUUAGUAAAGUGGGCUUCACCUAUCAUCAGACCUGGUCCUACGUUCCAGCUGACUGAGAUCUACCGUACCAGUUACAUGAAAACAUUUAUUAAGUUUCCUUCAUGGUUUCUUUUUCUCGUCCAGUAAUGUUAAACACGUUUAAAUAUAAAAUUUUUCUAAUAAAACAUUUUCCUAAGUAUUCUUGAUAUCAAGUUCCAGCUACAUGAUCGUGAAUAAUACUGCGGCUUGUAGAAGUAGUUCAAUGGUGUUUGAACCAAUCUACAGACCGAUCCAUGUGCUACGAAUUUGCACUCGACUCUAUUAGAUUGGUGAGUUGCGCUUUUAAAUUUUACGCAGUAAUGGGGGUUCAACAACGCUAUUCCCAAACCUCGUAUGACUCUUAGUCGGGCUACACUUCAUUGGAGUCGAAACAUUCAGUUCAUUUUAUUGAAGACCUAUCAGUCUACCCUUUGCUCACUCAGCUAUAUAUGUUUAAAGUAAAUGACAAAAUAAAACUUGUCUAUUUUAUCAAAUGUAUUUAUAAAUACAGUUAGCUUCGUAGUAUAUUCCUCAUGUAUUUAAUGUGGAUAAAUUUUAAGGAGGUAUGCCUUUCGGAAUGGGUGGAGCCGGGUUCAAUAUGCCUAACCAGUCAUGUCCAGGUAAGAUUUAAUAAAAAAUAACCUGUUACUGUGUCAUUUAGAUCUAGACUAGGUAAAGAAACAUUGAUCUCAGUCAUCUGGUGAUUCCAUUUAAAUACGUUUAAUCCCUUGACAUUUUCGUACAUAUGAAUAAAAGCUUCCAGACUGUUUUCUUUUCUUCUGCAUUAGCUGUUAUGGGUUCACCAAUUAUCAAUAGAGGGGAAGGGUUUUCUUCGUUAAGUUCUAGAUAAUUAUCGGUGAAAUAACACAGAUUCUGUUUUACGUUAUACUAUUACAGUCAUGAUUAAUUGCUUCAUAAGUAGAUUGUUCUGUUACUUUUGGAAUGAAUAUUAAGCUCUUAAGUGUUUUUUUAUGGAAUGAAAAUCGAAUGGCACUACACCAUAUAUGUGUUGCUCUUUAAUGUUCAGUAAGUUAACCGGCAGUCAGUAUCUGAGUUUAGGUUAUAAUGUGAUACCAUAUAUAUAUCACAGAUGUAUAAAUACUUCUUACUUGGAUCGUCAAUAUCUGACAAACUAAGUUGCACAAGUUGUUUUGGUACUGGUUUGGUUGUUAGGCGACACCAGGAAGCUGGUUUAUAAAAUAAGUCCGUAUUAAAAACUGACGGGAACACAUGUGUGUCUGAGGUGAAUUUCAUAAUAUGUUGAAAUGCCUUCCUAAAGGGCUGGCUUAUGCGCAAACGGGAAUCAAUGUGAUAGUCACCGCAUAUUAAAGAUAAGCGUUUUGCUUCUGUUUAACAAAGCCCAUUUCGCCGAGUUGUCAGCAUAAAUGUAGUGUGAAAAAAGAGUGGAUAUGGUGAUGUAGUAAACUCAUUGUCUGAUUGAUUGGUCCCCUAUUAUAAAAACAAUGCAACUACCAUAAAUAGUGUACUUUGAAAACCACCAGCAAAACUCGUGGUAUAAUGAAUUGUCGGGAAGUGUCUGAAUCCAUAUUGAUACGCCCACUAAACAUAUAAAUGUACACUAUUUAUUUGCAUAACAAACACUAAAUACAGUGAUGCGUUGUCAAAUAUUGGUUCAAUUCGUGGUCAUACAUGCAGGAUGGUAAAAAUUUGUAGAUGAGGUGGAUAUUUUUUAGUGGUAUGUGAUCUAAUAACGGACUUAUUGUCGCCCUGACCUAGGCCAGCGCACCAUCAUCGUGUUUAGGUUUGUUAACUAUGGGCGAGUCACCAAUGCUUCUGUUAGCUGUUUCGGUAAAUGGCCUUGUCAGUUUGGAGAUCAGUGAGCUGCGUCCAAUAAUGUGAACAAACAGAUUCAAUUCAUGAUUAUUUAAAUUAUCCCAUAAACCAAUUUAGAGUGACAUCAGGCCAAAUUUCUAGUUAUUAAAGUUAAACGAGGUCAUGAGAUAAAGAAGUCAUUUAAGGUGAAUGUAUGUAUGACCAUACAUUAAUCUUGCUUCAUUAUUUUCGCACUUAAUUCGAUUUACGAUUGACAUUAUGAGAAUGGACGGCUUAAGAUGUUCUAGUUCCAGUAAGAUGACAUCAAAAAGUUUUCGGAUAGUUGGGGACCAAUUAAGGUCGAAGUCACAUCACACGGUCAGUACUUAACUUGAGUUAUCCUUUUAAUUGUAUCCAGGCUCCGUGGGUGUUUUGAUGACUAAAUCACAAACGACGUUAUCAAAAUGUAUUAGUAAGAGUAGGUACGAGGAGGGGUGCGAUCAUCACCGGCAUGGGCCAGUUCAUGAUUUGCAAUUAAGUAGUGCGUGUUGGUUAUCCUUGCACUUGAUGAGGAUCAGUGAACUGUGCGACAUUCAGUGACCCGACUGUCGGAUGAUUUGGCUAGGGCUCAGUGACAUUUCACUGAGGCUACUAUUUUGCAUCGAUGAACUCAUUUUAAAUGAAAAAUAGUGAUUAAAUAAAAUCACAAAAGUUAUUGGUUAUGAUGGAUAAUAUAUUUUCCUUUCCGUCGAAUCAGAAAAUUUAACUUUGAGAUUCACGAAUAAUUGGUUUUUGUACGUAUGCGAUAUCGUCAUUCAAAUGUCUUAGUAGUGUAAAUUUAUACUAUGGUUAUCCACAUUUUUUGUUGGUGUUUAGUACAUGUGAAGUGAUCAACGCUUUCGGCUAUUUUUUGUUUCCGUCCGUUUAGGGAGUGCCAUAAACUUGAGUGUAAUUUUCACCAGUUUUUAUCUCGAGUCUGAAGGUGUACACAACUCUCCGCUAUAGAUAUAUUUGUGCAGCGCGGUGUAACACGCUAGAUGAAAAAUAAAUACAGGGCUUGAAUUGAAGCCACUUUUAAAAAAUGCUUAAUAAAAUGGGCGCGCAUCUAUUAGGUAACGGAAUGUACUGGAUACUUCGCAUUCACUGAACGCGGAAAACGUCCAGUUGUAAUCUUGUCAGACUAAUAUAAACAGCUAUUGUUGUAGGGCAUUACCAAUGUGAGCAUAAAUGAUCAGUUUUAAUUAAGAUAUCAGUCAAUGUACCUGUCAAAAAACAGUAGCAAGUGAUUCUGGACAUUGAAUUUGACGGUAGUUUACAAAUCAGUUUAACUUUCGUUAAGGUAUUAGUAUGCAUUUCUGAAUUGUUCCUAUCAUGCUAAUGUAUUUCAAGACGAUACGAAAAAACAUUCCAGAAAGUUUUCAAAAAACCAUUCAGUGCAUCUUAAGGUAUUCAGACGAUAGAUAUCAUGAAAAUUAGCGCUGGGAUAAAUAGGGUAUACAUUAGGUGCAUAAUAUUGGGAUAACUUUGGAAUUACCGCAACAAGCUUUC